ACUUAUUUAUUUAUGACUGAAGAGAAAAAGAGAAAGCUGGAUGUGAACGGCACUUCUCGUCGUUUUGCCGAAGUCAGACGCAUCACCAACGAAACCAAAAUCCAGGUUGUUCUAAGUCUGGAUGGAGGCUUCAUCUCAUGCAAAGACUCCAUUUUGGACAAGGAGUACGCUCACGCCUCGCAAGCGACCUCGGCACAAGUGAUUUCUAUCAACACCGGUAUUGGAUUUCUGGACCAUAUGAUCCAUGCUCUGGCCAAACACUCGGGAUGGUCUUUAAUCGUCGAGUGCAAGGGAGACCUCCAUAUAGACGACCACCAUUCGGCCGAGGACGUUGCUAUUGCCUUGGGCGAAACGUUCAAAAAAGCACUUGGUCCUGUGAAAGGAAUGAAACGGUUCGGAUACGCCUACGCUCCUCUGGACGAGGCUCUAAGUAGAGCUGUGGUGGAUCUCUCAAACAGACCGUACGCCGUGAUCGAGCUGGGGCUCAAGAGGGAAAAAAUAGGAGACUUGAGCUGCGAGAUGAUACCGCAUGUUCUAGAGAGUUUUGCUACCAGCGCACACAUAACAUUGCACGUGGACUGCAUCCGGGGUUUCAACGAUCAUCACCGUAGCGAGAGCGCAUUCAAGGCGCUGGCGGUCGCGAUCAGAGAGGCGAUUUCGUACACGGGACGAGACGACGUUCCUAGCACGAAAGGUGUGCUCAUGUAAUAGACCGGUGCGGGGUGUGCUGACGAUAAAAAAAUCAAUUCCGCGCACGAUUGCUUGAUAUAGACUAUAUUAUUUGAAACGGAAAAUAGGCGAAAGUAUGUCGUUUAACGACGAUCUUUAUAGGGAGGGGGGUGCUUUGGGAGUUUACUCGUAUUACUGCCAGACGAAAAAGGAGAACUUCAACAAAGUCAGGUUGACAUCUCCGAUAAGAGGACAAACCAUGACUAGCGUUAACGGGGGACAUCCAACUCCUUCGAGACUACAAACUCCCGUUUCUAUGAACCGCAUGCCACGCCUAGACAUUAUGAGUCCCCACCCGAUUGAAGAAGACCUCGUGAUACCCGACAAGGAGCUGGUUGCGGAUGCAAUGCAGCGAAAGCCUCUGAUCAGGCCCUCCAACCUGGAUCUGUGGAUCAGAGUGAUGUCGCAGCUGGCAGGCAAGGACAAAGUUGGCAAAUGCAUUCAAUACGGACUACGGAUACUGAUUGCCUAUUCCAUUAGAGCUCGCAAAACACAGUUUCUCAACAACUUCAAGCUGACAGGCGUAGAUUUCAACGGGAAGACUCAGGAUGUGCUUCGACAGCUUGUUGUGCGGCCAGAACUGAUAGUGGUGUUGUUUCUGGGCCAAUUCGAGGCCAGGUUCGUCGGGCUCACCAAAAUGCUCUCGGUUUACAGGCAGAUGCUGCGGGCCGGUACUGUGCCAACGAAAGUCCUCAAGAUGUUGUCCCGAAUCUCGGAAACUGUGGGUCUUUUGCAGUCGUCAGAAAAGGCAUCCACGAAACUGCAGCGAUUGAAGUCUGACUGGUGCAACUUCAAGUCGUUGGGUGAAAUUUGCGCGCUUUAUUACGCUUGGUUUGACGAGUCUCUGCUCGCGUACAAGAUCGGUCUUCUGGACGAGAAGACGACUCCCAACUACCGCAAAUUUGCCGUCCGACAUGAGGCGCUCGCCUGGUACACAAACAUCAUACUGGGACUUCGUGCACAGUUCGAGAAGCUGUCCCAGCUGAGCAAUAAAGAAAACUCUUUAAAGAUCAACUACCAAGUUAAACAGCGCGCCAAACGGCUCGUUUCCACGAUCAAACCGGACCAGUCCCCGAUAUCUCUGUAUGGGCCACUGGAAGUCACAGAUACCAAGACACAACUGCAGUACUCUACAGAGCUGAAGAAAAUCUCCAAGGAAAAAUACAUGGUGCAGCUCGAGAUCCUCAAGCUGCUAUGCGAUUUCGCCUAUGAUACAGUCAACGUGUUCCAUUUGAAGAUUGACGAGCCCUUGCAUCUUCUUUUCGGGCUUGGAGCAGGAGCGAUUUCCUUGUCGAAAAUAUGGAUAGCCGAAAAAGAGAAGACGGAAAAGGAGCUAAAUCCCUGCCUGAAUUGAUAAAAAUAAUUAAGUUAAUUAAUUUUUGUCCCCCC